AGUUGUGCACCACGAGCGUUACGGAUAACACCUCUGGCAUUAUGAUGAGUUUGACGUUGAGCGCCGUGUUGGCCGUGCUGCUGGCCGGCGCCGUACUCCCAGCCAGCGUCCCAUCCUUCAGGUUCAGCUACCAGAACCCUGGAGACUCCGGCAGCAUAGCUCAGUUCUAUCGAGGUCCCGACAGCGCUUUUAUCUACAAUUGGGGCUACCAGUUCCCUGGCCGCACUCACUCUGAGAGCAAGAGCUAUGAUGGCACCGUGCAGGGCAGUUACGCCUUUGUUGAUGCCAACGGUGAAGUGCAACAAGCGUCGUAUCAAGCCAGCCCUGGGGACGGGUUCACCGUCAACCAGAAUGUUGUACCAGAAGCUGGCGUCGUCAAUUUGGUUUCCCCAGUAGAGGCAGUCAAGUCAAAAACCUACUCCGCCUUCGACGGGGAGAACGUUCUUCAGUUCAGACAGAAUUUGUUCAGCAAAUUGGCUGAUGAAGAAAUCGGACUUGAUGUAGGCUCGAAACAGGCCAUCGAGCGCGCGUCCCCCACGCUGCUGGCGGCGCUGAGGUCAGGCUUCUUGCUCCCCAUCCGCGGCACCAGAGACGAGCUCCUCUUCAGGGUCUCCGACGCCCUCGUUGAUGAGGCGCGAGGCUCCGUGUCGGCUCUGGCUACCAUUUUGGACGCGGAUCCCGUUGCAGCGAGACACGACCAACAGGUGUUGCGAGGUCCCAACUUCUUCUACAACGCUGCUCAGGCCGACCCGUCCGCUGAGAGGGCUGUGCUUGAGACAGAAUAUCAAGAGUCUGGCAAGCCUGGCUACGUGAUCCGGGUUCCUUACGUUGCAUAAUAUUCGCGUAGGGAAUUGCGAUCAUCAUGUUUCCUGCAAACACAAGAAUCAGGUCAUGUUCAGCUGCGUAAAAAAUGCAAAAUGCGCUUUUUAUGAAAACAAAUAUGAAAAAAUUUAAAUA